CUGUGGGAGCGCUGCGGGCUGUGUGUGUGUGGGGGUGCCCCGACAAGCGGCGGGGCCGAGGGCGGUAGCGGGGGAGCGGGACCCCCGCCCUGGUGGGGACGCGUUGCGGGACGCACCCGCAAUCCGAGACCCGGCGGGACCCCCGCUGCCGGCCGUGCGGGGCGGGAUGGCCUGUCGCCGGGCCGGGACCCGCAUCGGAGACAUCGUGAGGGAAAUCAGGCAAGAAUGCGCCACCCGGGGACACGCUGCUUCCGAAACCUUGGUGGCGUUCGUGGUGAAAGCUGUUGUUUUAGAUCCAGGAAAUGACUUUAAUGUGGAUCAAACCUUUACAAAAAAAGAUGUGCAAGAUCUUAUCCAGCUCUGUGUUACCAAACUGCUUGACACAACAAACCCAUCCCUGAGCACAAUGAAGAUGCAAGUUUACUUUGAUACGAACUAUGCAAACCGAGCUGAAUUACUCAGUGAGCAGCACCGUGUUCUGGAGGGAAGGCUGGCUCCUGUGGUCAGAGAUAUCACAGAUAGUCAUCCUCGUGUGCAAGAAGAAAUGGAGAAUGUGUAUCGAAAGAUUGUUAGCUAUGUGCUGCUAAGCUCUGGCCUGGGAUCCCCAACAGAUAUUGAGGUUGUCAGGGAGGUAACAGCUGCCCUGCAGAGUGUAUUCCCUCAGACAGAGGUGAUUACUUUCACCUCCCUCAGUAAGAAGAGCAAAGAGCAACAGCUGAAAAAUCUUGCCAUGCUAGUCACAGGAAUUCAGUUGUACAACAAGGAAUGCGGGAAAGGAGGAAGCAGCAUUGAUGACUUGCCAGCCAUUCUGAGUGAAGCCAUUCCAUCAGCUACAUGGAUGGUCGAUGAAGGUCUUAAUACUUGCCAUACACUAGCCCACCAGUACACAGCUCUGUUGGAAUCCAUGCUGGAAGACCCACACAGAUACCUGCAGCUUAGUGCUUUUAAAUUAAAAGAAGCACUGUUCCAUGUGAGACAAUAUGAGGCUUUCCUUUGCAUCCUUCUGUCUGAUGCAAUUACAAGUGCUCAAGAAGUUGAAAAGAUGAAGGUGCAGUUUGCAACAACAAUGGAGCAGUUGAAAAACACAGUGCAGAAUAAGGUUUCCACAGAUACCAAAGAAGUUUUUCCUCUCUUUGUUGCACUUUCUAACCUCUGGACCAGCUUUCAGGAUGAGAUGCUACUGCUAAGCUUCCUCACAAAUAUGACUAACAAUCUGCAACAGUUCUUGGAAAUCCACUCACAGCUUUUUACUGAGGAAGUACUAACAUCUCUUCUGGAAGGAGUGACUGUGAAAAGUGAUGAGGAAAGGAUACGAGAAACCAUGGGAACCAGAGUGAAUGUUUCUGAUUUUAAGAACCAAGAAUGGCUUUUUCCAGAGACUACUGAUAAUUUUGAUCAGUUGCUAAUCCAGUACCAUGGUUUCUGUGCACACGCAAUUGGUGUGAAAGGCCUCACCCUCCCAGGAAAUCCUGCUAUUGGGAUUUUGAAGCACAAGGAGAGAUGUUAUGUGUUCAGUUCCAAAGAAGCUGCAUACAUCUUUGCUCAAGAUCCAGAGAAGUUCAUUCAACUGAAUAUAGAAAAAGCAAAAGAACAUAUAGAGCUAAUUCAACUGCUCGAGCUUCAUCAUCAGUUUGAAUACCUUGCUCCGUAUGCACAGGCCAGAAAUGCAGACAAAUAUUUGAUGAAACCAACCACAAAAUGUGACAGUAGCACUCAAACUGAUACUCAUAUCUUGCCUCCAACUAUUGUGACAUCCUACGAAUGGAAUGAAUGGGAACUGAGAAGAAAAGCUCUAAAAUUGGCCAAUUUGCGACGCAAAAUAACUCAUGCCAUGCAGACUGAUCUCAGCCAUAUGAGAAGAGAGAACUCCACCCAAGUGUACUUGCCCAAAGAUGUUAGCACUCAGACUAAGCGUGACAACUCAAGCAAUGUACCCAGACCACAGAUUUUCCUGAAAGGUCUCCGAGGAGGAUCCACUCCUACUACUCAUAUGGUCAAAGUAGACUUGACAAGAGCAGCAGAUGAAACCUAAGUGAAAAUGAGUAACCUGAAGAUACAGAUUUGUAUUGAUGUAUAUAUAAAACUCUCCGCAUAUAUCUGAUUUCAGAUACAAAGGAUUUUAUUGUGUCUGUUGAUUCCAGGAGCAGUUGAUUUAUUUCAUUUAUCUUAUCUGUUGGGGCUGCUGGCUGGCAUGAAGUGGUAGAAAUGAUAAGCCUAAAGCACCCAGGUUUUAAACAGCAAUUUAGAAUCCAGAUAUUCCCAAAGACGUUAACUUAAACUAACAUUUAAAUAUGUAGUGUGUGUUCUAGGAUUUUCUUGAAGUUUGAAUACAAUGAUUGCUUGCAGAAAUACUGCCAUUAAGAGCGAUGCCUUUGGUACAUGAAAAGUAUAAUGUAAGACAAAUAGGUUUUAUAAGAUAUGGGGCCAAUGCUGCAGCUCCUGCAGGGACAUAAUUCCCAUUGGUGUGAAAUAAAACUGAUCCCAAGAGUCACCCACAUGUCACCACUCCACCCUUAGAGCAGAAUCAUCAGGAAGGUAAAACCAGCAAACUGCAGUCACGCUAGGUCCUUGGGCUUGUCCAUUUGUGCUGUUAACACACGUGCCCUUGCAUGGUAACAGGCGUUACGAGCGUAGGCUGAGGCAGGGAGGUGGAGAAGAGGGAAUCUAUCUCAGACAGCUCUGGCAGCCUUUUACGUCUCUACUAAUUUCUGUGUUCAUUAGCUAAACACUGAAAACCAUGGGAACUUCAGGGACCUUCUCGAAAGCUGUGUUUCACUUGUGUUUGAAAAACCAAAGCACAGCAGGAAAAGGUUUUCAGCUUUAUUUCAUUGUGGCAAGGAAAUAUGUGCUAGGUCUAACCAACACAACUGCAGCUAGCAUUUGUUUGUGAAAACCUGCACCAUUUGAGCUUUAAGAUGAAACAUCUUCUCAAAUGAAAGUAGGGGGUACUUUAAAACAGAGAUACUUUUCGCAACAGCAAAGAGCUCCACAAGUUAUUAUCUGCAAAAUGUCCAGGUGUGCAACUGUGAUUGCAUAGGGUGUGCUGAGGUUUCUAAAUCUUUUUUGGUCAGGUGCAGCAUGGUGCAGCAUGGUUUCCCAGGUCAUUGUUACACAAGCUCGUGACAAUAGAGAUCGAAGAUUCAAGCUGCUGGGUGAUUUUUCUGUGGCAUUGUGCAGGACAGCAUUCUCUUUAACUGUCUCCAAGGUAUCUGGCUUCGUUUUUUAAAGUUACACAGCUGGGACAAAUUUUCAAGGCAUUAUUUAAAAAAAAAAAAAAAAAAAGCAGGAAGGGAGCAUGGAGAGAAUUUAGCUAAAUGGUUUUCCACUAGGUGAUUUUCUUUUGCAAAAACAAACUAAUCAGUAGCAGCCAGAUGUGCUGCUCCUUCAUGUUUUUAAAUUAUGAGCUGGCACCAUUUUUCAGAUUUAUUAAAAAAAAUAUGAAUGCUUUUACCAGCUGCAGCUUUUUUUUUCAAAGAAGAAUACCCCAUUGCUGCUUUAUUAAAUACGUUUGCUGUGAUUGAUCUCUGUAUUUUUAUCAUCAUUUGCUUUGAACCUUUUAUGUUAAAGUUCUUAUUUUGAACCAAUAAACCAGUAUUUCAAGAAUCUGUAAGUACAUUUAUUUAAGAGGAAACUGAUGAGCAAAAAAUGCAUUUUAUCCUACUUACUCUGUUGUUUUCCGCUAGAGAAGGUGCUGCAGUAUUGUGAAAUACUGGGCAAUACAAUUGUAAUUAAAUUUUAGUUUCAGCAGGGUAGAAACAUGGCGGUACCUACGAGCUUACUCCUGGCAAUGUGAAAGAUGUGUGUGAGAUUCCUGCGUGUUUACUACCAAUCAAAUAGUUCAGAAAAAAAGGAGAGGUUACUUUUCAAAAUGGCUUUACUGAUGUGAAAGGGGAGGCAACGUUCAGGCCGUGCCCGGUUGAACUCGAGCUGGUUUUCCUUCGAGCCUGGCUCUCCCGCGGCGCUGAGCGCUGCGGCUACCCGGCUUCGGGGCCGUUCAACGGGCCGCUCGGCACGGCCACUGGCCCCCUUCGCCUUCACGGCUGGGUUCGGCAUUUUCUUCUUUCCAGGUGCUGCUGCGCGGGGAGCACAAGGCAGAUACACAGGCAGCAGGCGGCGCGCAGGCUGCCGCGUACCUCACUCGAGUUCCCGAAGCUUUCCUCCAGCUUCCCUCCGCUCCUGGCACGCAGCAGCACCCUCGCUGCAGCCACGGGGCGCUCUGGGGACUGUCACUGCCGCCGCACAGGCUGCAGCCCCGCCGCGCUCCCGGCCCCCCGCGGCGGCCCUGCGCCGGGGCCGGGGCUACGGGCGGGCACAGCGCCGCGCCGCGGGGGCGCAAGAGGGCGGGCAACGGCGGCGGGGGGCGCGCCGGCUCGGCAGCCGUGGCGGUAGCACCGCGGGGGCCGCCCGGCCCUGCCGCUGCCCUCCCGCCCGGGGCGCGGCCCCCGCUCAGCCCCGCGCCGAGCCGUGCCCACCGCUCGCCCCCGGGGCCCGGCCGCCGCCGGCGCGCACCGCUGCCCUCGGCCGGCGGUCGGGCUG